UCUAAUGAUCAAUUAGCCUUUUAAAAUUAUAAACUUGGAUUAGCUAACACAACGUGCCAUUGGAAAACAGGAGUGAUGGUUUCUGAUAAUGGGCCUAUGAAGAGAUUCCAUAACAAAGCAGCCGUUUCCAGCUACAAUAGUCAUUUACAACAUUAACAAUUUCUACACUGUAUUUCUGAUCAAUUUUGUUAUUUUAAUGGACAAUAAAUGGUAGUGUAGUGUCUACUUGUUUUAUUAAUGUUGCUAUUAUUCAGUACUGUCUUAACUAUAUGGAUUUCAGAGCAGCAGUUUAAGUUUUUCAACACUAAUUUAGGCUGACUAACCUGUAUAGGGUGUGAUAGCUGUUGCUUCUCUAUAUUAUUUAAUCCACUUGACUACUAAUAUUAUAUAUUUCAUCCACUUGCCUCCUAGAUAAUGUUAUUAUUGCUAGUCAAUCUUUGUUGAUUCUAAUUGCAUUAAGGUUCAAGGAGGAAUUAUGUAAAUGAGUUUGUUUAUAUUUAUCAGUUUGUGUAAUAACUGCAACAGAUCUGCUACGGUGUUAGGUGUUAACUGAGGAAAAAUAAUCAGGGGUUUCAACCACACCCCACUAUUUACUGUCUAAAGAUGUUUAAAUUGUUUUUUUUCACCAACAUGUAUUUGUUAUCAAGCUGCCUUUCGUUACCCUCUGGUGUUCAUUGUGUGUAAUCUAAGAUAGUAUAUUUGCUUCGUUAAUAAAUUGUUACUUGAUCUAAAUGUUAAAAUGUUAUUCCAGUUCUCAGAAUAUUCAUAUAGCCUUCUUGAGGUCCACCAUUAGUGUUCCAACAUGGAUUUAGAAUUGUACCAAUAACAGUUCAAGGAAACAGCUUUGAGAUUUCAUGACGUUAUAAUGCUAGGAAUCUAUCAUCACCAUUGCUUUAUGCUUUCAUGAACUUAACCUUUUUGGAUGAAAAGACAACGCCCUAGGACUCCAGUGGUAUGUCCAUGAGUAUGUUAGCAGCAGCAGGGGGACAGGAUGACAUCCUGAGGCUGCUGAUAAAGAAGGGGGUGAAGGGGAACGGACGGCAGAAGAACAGCACCACUGCCCUAAUGCACGCUGCAGAGAAGAACUUCCUGAGCACAGUUGCUAUCCUCCUGGAGACAGGGUCCUACGUCAACGCUCAGACACUGGGAGGAGAGACGGCCCUGAUGAAGGCUCCUGGGCGGUCCUUUAUCUGAACGUCAUCAGUAGAGAGUCCUUUUGAGGACGAACAAAAUGGCCGGAGCGGAUUGAGUGACGGUUGCAAGACUCAUAGGGCUGUGGUCCAAUUUCUCCCCCUAUUGCAUUUUUGUUUUAACUCCCCCUCAUCGAUUGAAAAUAAAUGGACUUUAUGAAUUAUGGUGGAAAAUCUCUCGUUUAUUCUUACACCAAUCCAGUUAUUUUAAAUCUAUGAGGAGGAGUGGUCAAAUGCACACUUUGUGGAGUAGAGAAUUGGAAUGCAGUAUUUUGAAACAGGGCAUUUGUUCCUGCUUGUGUGAGAGAGUAACAGCCAUGGUAGCUUAGAAUGCAAAUCCUGCUGAUGAAUGACACAAGACAGAUUACUUCACAACUUUGACCAGCAAUUCAAGUCUGUGUCACCCAUUUGUUGCAAUAGAAUGGGACAGCCAAAUGGGAAUAAAUGCUUGUGAAUGGUUUGGAAUUAGGAUAGAUGUACAUCUAGAUUAUAAAAAAAUAAAAAAAGUACUGUAUA